UCGCCUGGGACUAGAAUGAGCAUUCCGGCUGGCAGACACAAGGAGACAACAGGCACUAAAGCAAAGCUUUGCUUUCAAAGCCCUUUGGCAGGCGUGAAAAGAUGGCUCAUGCCCGGAUCUCCAUGUACAUGCCUCCCGACAUCGACCCCACGAAGGCUGCCAUUGCUUAUGGCUGUCGGGCCUUGCCCAAGCUUAAUGAAGAGCUGCGAUCAGAGACUCUCCUGACAAGGCAGAAAGCCCUAGUGGCUCUGUGUGACCUCAUGCACGAUCCUGAGUAUGUCUAUGAGGCCAUCAACAUAGGCUGCCUGGAGAGCCUGAAGGCCCUGCUGAUGGAUGAUGAUAACCUGGUGCGGAUAAAGACCACCGAGGUGCUGUACAUCAUGGCCACCCAUAACAUAGGCAGAACUGGCUUCUUAGAGCAUGGCGUCAUCAUAGCCCUGUCGUUCCUGCUGAAUGAUCUCCAGACAGUCUGCAGGGAAAACCUACACCAGGCUUACAAGCAUCUGGCGCAGCUGCCUGAAGUACCCUUCCUCUUCGCCUUCCUCGACCACUAG